UUUUAUUUUGAUUUGUAAAACACGUACGCACACACAUCUUUGAAUGAUCGAACAGUCGAAGUGACAGGGCUGAAGCUUCGGGACUGCUGAAAAGGCGUGUAGAUUGCUGUCAAAUAUUUGCUCAUUUUGAGGCACAUAAAGAACACACAAGUCUAGAGCAAUUUGGUUAAGCACACGCCCGCGCAUUAGAUUCUAUAGGAUUUUUAGAAAAUUCUGUACUUGCGUGAACAUUGAACUAUAUGUCGUUUAAUUUGUAAUUGCGCCGCACUGGUAGCAAUGUCAACUGCGCUGGCAGCGGCGGCAAGUGCAACCAGCACGGCCACAUCAACGCCGCCAGCGACCACAACAGCAACGUCCUCGACAACAACAACAGCUGCAGCAGCAGCGGCAGCAGCAUCAACAGCAACAGCAGCAGCUGCAACAGCAGCUGCAGCAGCAGCCGCAGCGGCUGCAGCAGCCGCAGCGGCGGCAGCGACCAACACAAGACCCAUGUUGCUGGAACCCUUGCCGCAGUUUGUGGAGCAGUCUACGGCUAUAACCUAUGCAGAAAUCGAGGUCAGCACAAACCAGCAGCAGCAUCAACAUCAGCAGCAGCAGCAGCAACAACAACACCAACAACCAGAACAGCAGCAGCAGCAACAACAGCAGCAGGCGUUGAGUGCGGAGACGGACUCGGAAGCUGGCUCGGAGUUUCAAUCGGAUUACCUCGAUCCAAAUGAGUUUCCGCUGCCCGGUGCCAGGAGAAAGAAAAAGGUGCACAAAACAUUGACGCAAACGUAUCCACGUCCGCCGGGCGGCUACAAAUACUCGAUGGGCUUUCUCUAUAGCAUUGGCAGCCAUAUGGCUGGGGUAACGCUCGAUAUACCUACGCCCACAUCGAUAACGCCACGAACAUUGCGCACCUCACCUCCGCCGCCACCAACUCAGCUGCCGCUGCUGCCCGCCGUCCCGAUUGUGCCACGAUCUGGCACCAAUUCACCUAGCACGGGCUUUGGCGCCGCCGCAGCUGCGGCAGCGGCAGCAGCAGCAGCUGCAGCAGCCGCUACGCCAGCUUCUGGUAAUACAAACAUGUCGCCGCCUCAGUUCAUCUGCCCGGGCUACAGUGGCCCACAGCGGCGUUUGUGGCAUGCAGAGAAUGCCGUGUGGCAGUUCGAUCGCAAUUAUCCGUACAAUCAGGGCUAUGCCUCACAGUACGGAAUACCCAUGAUGCCGCUGGGCUUCGAUCAACAUCCGUAUGGAGCGCAGCGUUUCAUGUUUCCGGGCUAUUAUAACCAGACGGCAUUGCCACGAGGCGGCUAUCGACAUGUCUCGCCCAAUCUAUCAACCGUGGCCGAGCAACAAUCGUCUAAUGCGGAUCAGCAUCAGCAGCAACAGCAGCAGCAACAGCAACAGGAGCCGCCACAGGAUGGCUAUAACAAUGGCUAUCCGCCUGUGGAUCGAUUUGGCCGUCCGACAGCACCGCCGCCACGCGAACGUUUUGGGCCAGGACGUCAUGCAAAUGGUCCGAUGUCCUUUGCACGCGAGUCCAAAACAUUCUAUAAUAGCAACGGCAAUGUGACCAUGGGCGCACCUGGCACACGCAUCCGGCAUCCAUUUGAUCCACGCGCAGGCCUGCAGCGCGGCUCGCAACAGCACUCGGCCGUUUCGCUGCACAAUGGGCACAAUGCUCUGGAGCCGGGCAAUAUAAAUCGCCGCGGCGGCUUUCAGGCCAGCAGCAGCUAUCACGCCACAGCGGGCAGGCAUCUGAAGCGCUCAAAGAGCCAAUUGAUUACAGCGCGCAGCUCGCACUCAUCCGAUUCGGUAUCGCCGUCAUCAUCCAAGACACAAUUCGAGCAGCGCGUCGAGACGGCAUCCAGUGUGUCCCUGGCCUCGUACAAUCAUCAGCAGCGCAGCUAUCGCAACCGGGCGCGAUACAUGACCGCCAAUGUGGGCAUGGAGCUGGUUGGCCAGCCGCAUCGUGCCCAGCAGCCAGUUGGAAAUUAUCAGCCUCCGCUGCGUCGCAUGCCAAAGUUCACGGAGAUGCAGCGCCAGCAUACGCGCUCGUAUCACUCGAGGCACAUGGAGCAUGCUGGCUAUCCGGUGGCAAUAACGCAAUAUCCAGAGGCGCAUGUCGAGAUGGAGGAUCAGGACUCGCCAGGCAUAACGGCCGCCAGCAGCGGUACCUCGGACGGUGAUCAUCAUCAUGAAUCAGAUUUUGAGCAGCGCAGCCCCGUGGAAUAUGCCGCAGCGCUCAAUCCUGAAUUCUCAUCGGAUGCAGAUCCCCAGGUUGGCAACAAUCAACAGAAUCGCACCAAUUGCGGCGAUUGCGAUAGCCAGUCGUAUGCCAGUCUGGAGCCGAGCUCCUCCAGUGACAGCACAGAGAGCGAACAGAGCGAUGCCUCGCUGGAGUCCAUGGUACGCAAGAUCACGAUUAGCUGCCUGGCGCUGGCCACCAGCGCUCAAAUGCCCGACCUAAAAGGUCCGAAUCUGAUACCCUUUGGUGAUAUGCAUCAUUUGCGAGAGUCUGAGCGCAAGGGCCAACAUGGUAUUAGGAAUGGCUUUAAAUGUUCAUCACACUGCUGCGGCGAUAUGCUGGUGGAGCCAAAGACGCAACUUGUCCGAGCCAAUGACGCUGAUGAGGAUAAUUGCUCGGAGGCAUCGGCUCUAUCCUGCAAUGCCUCGGCACGUUCCAGUAAAACGGUUCUGGCUGUAUCCACUAAGGGCAACAUAAUUAAGGAUGAUACACAGGAUGAUGAUCAGCCGCUGACCAUGCAGAAUCGCUACUGGCACGAAUUCUUUGGGUAUACGCCAGCGGAUCGAUUUCUAACACGCGCCAAAUUGGUGGAAAUGAAGCGUCCACCGCAUUCGGUGCCCAGUCGCUCCAAAUGGGAUCCCCUCACGCUGUCCAUUUGGCAAAAGUUUCGCGAGGCGCAACAAACACGACACAUAUUCAAGACCAAAAUGCGUCUCUGGCGUUUCAUCUACAAGGUGACCAUGGCCGUCUAUCCCCGCUAUGGUGUCUAUUUAGUAGGCUCAUCAAUAUCAUACUUUGGCUCCAAGUGUUCCGACAUGGACAUUUGCAUGCUCGCCUGCACCAAUCCCAAUAUUGAUCCACGCAUGGAGGCCGUUUAUCAUUUACAAAUAAUGCGCGAAAUGUUGAACGCAACCGAACAGUUUCAGGAAUUUAAUCUGAUUGAGGCGCGUGUGCCCAUUUUGCGAUUUACAGAUCGCCGCCACAAGGUGGAGGUGGACAUCAAUUUCAACAAUUCGGUUGGCAUACGAAAUACACAUUUACUGUACUGCUAUUCGCAGCUAGAGUGGCGCCUACGUCCCAUUGCGCUGACCAUUAAACAGUGGGCUCAAUACCAUAACAUCAACAAUGCCAAGAAUAUGACCAUAUCCAGCUAUUCCCUAAUGCUGAUGGUUAUACAUUUUCUACAGGCCGGCGUCAAUCCGCCGGUGUUGCCGUGUUUGCACAAAAUGUAUCCGGAGAAAUUUUGCAUUUUACAGCCCAGUGAUUUUGGCUAUGUGGAUAUGAACGAGGUUAUGGCCCCGUAUCAGUCGGAUAACCAUCAGACGCUGGGCGAGCUGCUGCUUAGCUUUCUGCACUACUACAGCAUCUUUGAGUAUGGAAAGUUUGCGAUUUCGAUACGGGUCGGCGGUGUGCUACCGGUGGAGACAUGUCGCGCAUCGAAGGCGGUCAAAAAUGACAUACAUCAAUGGAAUGAGCUGUGCAUCGAGGAGCCCUUCGAUUUGACCAACACGGCGCGUUCGGUAUACGAUCCAGAUACUUUUGAUCGCAUACGCGCCAUUUUUUUAGCCUCCUAUAGUCGGCUGGAGUCUACGCGCAAUUUGAACUCAAUAUUUGAGGACUACGAUGGUCCCACCAUACAGAUGGCACCGCUCACUGAAGAUUCGGACAAUGAGUCGGGCCACAAGCAACCGAGUGGUACCUCAUCCAAGUCAAACAGCGCACAGCCAUCGCCCAGGCACAAUAUGGUCGAUAAGGCAACCACAGCUCUCUGGAGUGAUAUACGCAACAAGGUGGAACAGACCGAGAUGGAAACGAUUGUGGAGGAGCAUGUACAACAUUUGACAAACGAUGUCAAACCCAAGAAGAAUACGCGUGCCCCACAAAAAUAAACGAAAACUGCGGCCACUUCCAACACUCCCCACCACGAACAAAAACAAAAUAUAAAACCCCGAAAAAUCCCACCCCCGACCACCCCACCAGCUUUAGACUUGAGCAGCUAAUAUUAGUGGUGCGCUAAUGUUAGGCUGCUGCUCCCAAAAGUGUACUAUUUUUUUAAUGAUCGUAGUUGCUUGUAGCUUGCACCGUAAGAACACUUUAAAAUUUUACGUUGGACACUUCACAUUUAGAUUCUUAAAUAUUUUAAAGAUUCCGUCGCAAGCGGUUGUAUCCCACAAACAAAAAAAACUCUAAUCUUUCGAAAAUGUGGUCGCAAAAAAAGCACUAAAAGCUGAAAACAAGUUUCGCACGGUACAAAUACAACAAAAAA